CAUGGCGUCGCUGAUUUGUGACUGUGAACGUCAUCACCUUUACUCCUCAACCACACAACACUUCACUUCUUCCAAUCCCAAUCUUCUUCUCUUCUUCUUCUUCUUCUUCACAUUCAACAACAACACCAUCAACAUCAACAAUCAAUGCUCAUUCAAUUCAACUGACUCUCCAACAACCUCCGAAGAUGGCGACGGUGAUAGCACCACCGCCCACACUCUUCUCCGUGCGCGCUGCAACGGCGUCGUCGUCGCGGAACAAGAAGAAGCAGAAGAAGCCGCGAGCUCUGGGUAACUUCGACCACAUGGCUCAUGUGGUUAGCAAGGACAUGGAGUUUCUCAAGAGAGGGAUUUAUAAAGGAGUUGCGUGGGCUAAUGAUGCUUUUCGCAUUCCCCAGAUUGCUAAGAAAGUUGAUGACCUUGUUUGGCUUCGUAAUCUCGAAGACCCUCUUGCUGCUUCUGUUUCUGCGCCUUCUUGGCCUCAGCCUUGGUACCCAGGACUUACUGGAGUGGAUUUGCUCAUGUAUGAUCUCAAAGCCUUGGAAGCAUAUGCUGCAUACUUCUAUUAUUCGUCUAAGAUUUGGUCUAAGCCUCUCCCUGAAGCUUAUGAUCCUGAGGAUGUUGCUCACUAUUUUAAUGCCAGGCCCCAUGUGGUGGCUCUUCGUGUUCUUGAGGUAUUUUCCUCCUUUGCCUCUGCUGUGAUCAGUAUUCGAACUUCAAGGUUUAGAAAGUUUCUAGGGAGAAGUCCAGAAGAAGAUGUAGAUGAUAAAACAUCUCAAUAUAAUUUUGGGAUGGUGUUAAAGGAAACAAUGCUCAAUCUUGGCCCCACCUUCAUAAAAGUUGGUCAGUCCCUUUCCACAAGGCCAGAUAUCAUUGGUGUUGAGAUGUCCAAGGCAUUGUCAGAACUGCAUGAUCAAAUCCCUCCUUUUCCCAGGAAUGUUGCUAUGAAGAUCAUUGAGGAAGAACUGGGAGCUCCUCUGGAAUCAUUCUUCAGUUACAUUUCUGAGGAACCUAUAGCUGCAGCAUCAUUCGGUCAGGUUUAUUUUGCCCGUACUACUGAUGGUGUUAAUGUUGCGGUAAAAGUUCAGCGCCCUGAUUUGCAUCAUGUGGUGGUGCGGGAUAUCUACAUCCUUCGCCUUGGGUUGGGGCUUCUGCAAAAGAUUGCGAAGAGAAAGAGUGACCCUCGCGUGUAUGCUGAUGAGCUUGGGAAAGGUUUUGUUGGUGAAUUGGAUUACACUUUAGAGGCUGCAAAUGCUUUGAAGUUUCGGGAAGUUCACUCAUCAUUUGCUUUCAUGCAUGUGCCAAAAAUAUUUCGACAUUUAAGUCGAAAGAGAGUUCUGACCAUGGAGUGGGUGGUUGGUGAAAGUCCAACAGAUUUGGUCUCUGUAUCUACUGGUAACUCUCGUGGAAAUGUCCCUGAAUAUUCAGAAAGGCAGAAAGUAGAUGCAAAAAGGCGUCUUCUGGAUCUGGUCAACAAAGGUGUUGAAGCAACAUUGGUGCAACUUCUUGAAACUGGCUUAAUACAUGCUGAUCCCCAUUCUGGCAACUUGCGCUAUACUUCCUCAGGACAAUUGGGGUUUCUGGAUUUUGGUUUGCUCUGUCAAAUGGAAAAAAGGCAUCAGUUUGCUAUGCUGGCUUCAAUAGUUCAUAUAGUAAAUGGUGACUGGGCAUCCCUUGUACGUGCUCUGAUUGACAUGGAUGUUGUGAGGCCAGGGACAAAUAUCCGACUUGUUACCCGGGAACUGGAACAGGCCUUGGGAGAAGUAGAAUUUAAAGAAGGAAUUCCUGAUGUAAAGUUCAGCAGGGUUCUGGGAAAGAUUUGGUCUGUAGCACUCAAGUAUCAUUUCCGUAUGCCACCAUAUUAUACCCUUGUCUUAAGAUCCCUAGCUUCAUUCGAAGGUUUGGCUAUAGCUGCAGAUCCAAAUUUUAAGACCUUUGAAGCUGCAUACCCUUAUGUUGUUCGGAAACUUCUCACAGAAAAUUCCGCUUCAACCAGGCAGAUAUUGCAUUCGGUCCUUCUAAACCGAAAGAGGGAGUUCCAGUGGCAAAGGCUUUCCAUGUUCUUGAGGGUAGGGUCAACCAGGAAAGCCUUGCAACUAGUGGCAUCAAAUAAUGAGACUUCCCUUGACCAUUUACCAAAUAAGGCCACUGGUAAAUUUGAUGUUGCGUACUUGGUCUUGAGGCUCUUACCAUCCAAAGACGGUGUUGCUCUCAGAAGACUUCUCAUGACUGCUGAUGGAGCUUCAUUAAUCAAAGCCAUGGUCUCAAAUGAGGGAAAGUUUUACCGCCAACAACUUUGCAAGCUCAUUACUGAUGCACUGUACCAAUGGAUGAUCAAAUUACUUGGACAAGGAAUUUCAGCUACUCAGUAUUCUGGGGCGAUAUUGGUUGAUCGACCUUACAACAAAGAACCAGGUCUAUCCCCUGGAUCAUCCUUGCCUGCAUAUGAUUAUGACUCCAUCUUUAGAGAUCGACGGCUUAGGGUGAUAUUUUCUAAGGUUCUAAAAUCUGCCAGUAGUGAUAAAAUAUUGAUGCUGCGCUUCUGCUGGGCCUCCAUUCUUAUAACUAUUACAGCUUCAACUUUGGCUUUGCACCGGGUUGUCAUGUCUCUGUCUGAAGUUUACUUGGGUUCUAUAUUCGAUGCUCCUAAAAGAUAUGCAGUCAGUGCAUGAUAGUAUUCAGUUUUCCCAACUGAAAGUGAGCAUUCUUAUCCAGCAGUUUUCAAAGAGGGAAAAAAAUGUUCAUUUCUAUGCAUAACAAGAAGUUCAAUUAUUUAUUAUUGCUAACAAAAGCAGUUGUGUUUGUUGCUUAAGUUUAAUGUGUUAAUUUUGGAGCCAAUUAAGUGGCAGGCAGGUGAAAUAUAGUUAUAUAAUAUAUAGGAUUACAGUGUCUUGUAGUUACAGUUAUGUUUCAUACACAGGGAAACUCUAUGCAGUGAACUGAUGUUAUGUUGAUGCAUCCUGAUCUAGAUAUCUGUAUGUGGCAGUCUUGAUCUAGAUAUCUGUACAGUGUCAUGUAAAGUAUUCCAUUUGUUUUUUUAAGAAUAAAGAUGUCUUUGAUUACUAA